UUUCUCAUUAAUUUUCCAAAAUCAAAGGGCAAACAACUUUAGCUUCAAGUCAAAAGAAACUCCAAUCUAUCCAAAGCACGCCCGAUUACUCAUCGCGCCUUAUCCUACGCACCCUUGGCCGGCUUUCAACGUUUCAGAUCUCUCCAGCUAUACCCUAGCUCACACUCCUUCUCUGGACUGGUUGAAGGUUGUUUCCCAUCUCGUCUUAUUCUUUUCUCUGCAAAAUUUUCCAUGUGCUUGUUUUGAUGGGAUUUAACUGAUGUUUUUAGAGGGGUCUUCCUAAACGCUUGAAACAUGAGCUGCUUUGGCUGUUGUGAAGAAGAUGACAUGCAUAAAGCCGUUGACAGUGGAGGCCCGUACCCUGUUAAAAGUUCAGCAGGAAACGUAGGAGGUUACCAUGCCUCAGAAAAAGCACCUAAGGGUGCUCAGGCUGUUAAAGUCCAGCCUAUUGAAGUCCCUUCUGUUUCAGUGGAUGAACUAAGAGAAGUUACUGAUAACUUUGGGACAAAUUCUCUGAUUGGAGAGGGCUCAUAUGGAAGAGUAUAUUAUGGGGUUCUUAAAAGUGGGCAGGCAACAGCAAUAAAAAAAUUAGAUGCUAGCAAACAGCCUGAUGAUGAGUUCUUAGCCCAGGUUUCAAUGGCGUCAAGGCUUAAGCAUGAAAAUUUCGUACAAUUGCUUGGUUAUUGUGUUGAUGGAGGUUCCCGCAUACUUGCAUAUGAAUUUGCAUCAAAUGGAUCUCUUCAUGAUAUUCUUCAUGGAAGGAAAGGUGUUAAAGGGGCACAACCUGGUCCUGUUCUUUCAUGGCAGCAGCGUGUGAAAAUUGCUGUUGGGGCUGCAAAAGGACUUGAGUACUUGCAUGAAAAGGCUGAUCCUCAUAUCAUUCAUCGUGAUAUUAAGUCCAGCAAUGUUCUGAUUUUUGAUGAUGAUGUUGCAAAGGUUGGGGAUUUUGAUUUGUCAAAUCAAGCUCCUGAUAUGGCAGCACGUCUUCAUUCCACUCGUGUUCUAGGAACUUUUGGUUAUCAUGCUCCUGAAUAUGCAAUGACUGGACAAUUAAAUGCAAAAAGUGAUGUAUACAGUUUUGGUGUCAUCUUGCUUGAGCUUCUGACUGGGAGAAAACCCGUUGACCAUACGUUACCACGCGGACAGCAGAGUCUAGUGACAUGGGCUACACCAAGACUUAGUGAAGAUAAGGUAAGGCAGUGUGUUGAUGCAAGACUUCAAGGAGAUUACCCACCCAAGGCAGUUGCAAAGAUGGCUGCUGUCGCUGCCUUGUGUGUGCAAUAUGAAGCAGACUUCCGCCCAAACAUGAGCAUUGUAGUUAAAGCUCUACAGCCCCUCUUAAAUGCCCGGCCAGGACCUGCUGGUGAAACACCAAGCACAUGAUUUUCUCUCUCUAACUUCCUCCUCUCCUCUCUCUCUCUCUCUUCCCCGACAUGUGUGCAUGCUCAAGUGCGCAUCCGUGCAAGUACCAGAGGCAUAAAUUAGAGCUGUUAUAGAAAUUGAUAGUUUGCUAUGUAUUUCAUUUGUUCAUAACGCUUGAGGCUGUUGUCAGAAUCAUAUUCCUGCUGCUGCUUUUUUUUCCCCUUAUUUUUUUAUUUUCAUUUUUGAAAAAUCCUUGUUCAUCUUUAGUAGAUGAAUAGCUUUGGGUCAUUUAUCUCUUAUAAAUGUGAAUGAUCGAUGAUUUCCUCAA